UCACAAAUUAGAAAAAAAAAAAAAAAAGAGGAAAAAAAUGCCAUCCCUCCCCUCCAAGAAGAGCCACUGCUGGCCCCAAACCCAGAUCGAUUCUGCAUGUUCCCCAUUCAGUACCCUCAGAUUUGGGAAAUGUACAAGAAAGCCGAGGCCUCCUUCUGGACCGCCGAGGAGGUGGACCUCUCUCAGGACCUCCGCGACUGGGAUUACACCCACCCGGGCGACCGCCACUUCAUCACUUACGUCCUCGCCUUCUUCGCCGCCUCCGACGGCAUCGUCCUCGAGAACCUCGCCGGCCGCUUCAUGAAGGAAGUCCAGGUUUCCGAGGCCCGCGCCUUCUACGGCUUCCAGAUCGCCAUCGAGAACAUCCACUCCGAAAUGUACAGCCUCCUCCUGGAGUCCUACAUCAAGGACUCCGACGAGAAGCACCGGCUCUUCCACGCCAUCGACACCAUCCCCUGCGUGGAGAAGAAGGCCAAGUGGGCCCUCCGCUGGAUCGACGGCUCCGAGUCCUUCGCGGAGCGCCUGGUGGCCUUCGCCUGCGUGGAGGGGAUAUUCUUCUCUGGGAGCUUUUGCGCCAUAUUCUGGGUGAAGAAGCGGGGGCUGAUGCCGGGCUUGACCUUCUCCAACGAGCUGAUCUCGCGGGACGAGGGGCUGCACUGCGACUUCGCGUGCCUGCUGUACGGGCUGCUGAGGGCGAAGCUGAGCGAGGAGAGGGUGAGGGGAAUCGUGGCGGAGGCGGUGGAGAUAGAGAGGGAGUUCGUGUGCGAGGCGCUGCCCUGCGCGCUGGUGGGGAUGAAUGGGGAUUUGAGCCAGUACAUCGAAUUCGUGGCGGAUAGGUUGUUGGGGGCGCUGGGAUGCGGGAAGGUGUACAAUGUGCAGAACCCGUUCGAUUGGAUGGAGCUGAUCAGCCUGCAGGGAAAGACCAAUUUCUUUGAGAAGAGGGUCGGGGAAUAUCAGAAGGCGUCCGUCAUGUCCAGUUUGAACGGAAAUGGAGUCGUCGCCCAUGUCUUUAAGUUGGACGAGGAUUUCUGAGAACCACCCCCCUCCUCUUUCUUCUCUCUCUCACUCUGUUUCAAUUUUUUCAUCAUAGAUUAUUAAUUCCUUCUUUUUACUCUGUUCACUUAUCGUCAUGUGUUUUUAGUUUUUGAUUACUUGCUUACUACUGCUGCUACUACUAGUUUAAUACGGCUACUGGAUUUUGGUUAGAACUCCCAAAAUAAGAACAAAAAUUGGCUUAGGUUCAACUUCACAUAAUGUAAUAUUGGCAGUAGGUUGAAAUUUGUGAUGCUCGGUGGUUCUUCUAACACCUGCGUUGUAAGUAAAGUUUCCUUUAGUAUAUUACUAAUUACUACUUUCUGCU